AUGCUGCGCGUCGGCGCGGGUGGCGGCGUGCAGAAGGUUACUCCCAAGGCUUCCAUCGCUGAGGGCAUGGAUAAGCUGUUCGGGGCGGACUGCCGGGAGAAGCUGCAGGGGCAGAGGUUUGACUGCAGAGGCGCCGUGAAGCUGCUGCAGGCGGCCGAGCCCGACGGGCCCGAGUGGCUCCGCGGGCUCAAGGGCACCGCGCCUGGGUGCGAGCUCUACCGGGCCAUCGAGACCGUGGAGAGCCGGGCCGAGCAGCAGUUCUUCGAGAAGUGCAGCUUUGAGAUCGCCGCGAAGGGCAACGCGAUAUACCAGCACCUGCGGGGGGCGGGCCAUGCGCCGGCCGCGCAGGGAGUCGUGAGCUUCGGCGGCGGCGAGAGUGUGCUGCUGGAGUUCGCGACUCUCUACCUCUUCCCGGGCUCCGGAUUCGACGCGGGCCGUGCCGCGCUCUUCUCGAUUUCAUCCGUGGCAGGGCCAGCGACCCUGCGCUGCCUGCGCACGUGGGGUGCGCCUUCCAGUCGGAGUAGGGUCAGGCGCUCGCCGACGAGCAGGCGCUGGCACCACAGUGGGCACCUCGGCGCUGGCAGCCCAGCUGGCGACACCACCCGCCCGCGAGGAGGCGCCGGCGGCAGCCGUCUGGCCCAGGAAGGGAAGCAGCCAUGGGAAUGA